AUGAGUAUUCUUCCUGGAACAGAAGCGCCAUGGACCUCGCUCAAUAUUCUCUCGAAUUGUUCCCUUACCGGCGAGUACGUCGGCUGGAUCGUGACACAACAUAAUGAGCCUCCAUUCCCUAGAGUUGCGAGGUUUUGGCGUACGGCGACAGAAAACCAUGACAUCGAGCCUCCAUCCAACGCCGAAAUUAUCGAGUGGCAUGAAUGGGCGCGUUCGAACAGUACCCACUUGGGCAAUGACGUGAACCGGUACAGGCCCUGCCGGCCUGAGAUGUGUCAAUCCAUCGGAUCAGAGAUUGAUGGAGGUCUCGCAGGCUUCGGACUGCUCGCUUCGUAUGGCUUUGAAACUAUCGUGUUGACCGUGUACUGCUUGUUUGCGGUCCGACGUUUCUUCACCCGCCGCAAGAACGCAGGCAUUUUGUCUGAAAAGCCUCACACAGCUGCAUCGGACAGCAAGCCUAGACUUGUUACGCGUAUCAGCGUGGCCUCGCGGUGCACGACGUACGACUUCUUCACCGCGGCCGCUUUCCUCUCCCUUGGAAUUCAAGCCACCGUCAUCUACAGUCAGGUUACGCCGGUCGCCUACCGGUACAACUCAUCCCUCCAGCUCAUCGUUUCCGCCAUGGCCUUCUACCCGCUCGCGGCAAUGCUCCCGCUGGUCCUUACAUCUGUCCGACGCAGCUGGUUGAAAGGCGCCGUCCUCAUUUGCCUCUUUGUCAUCCAUACCGCGGCGUGGGUCUUAUGUACUAACAACGCCCAGGAAGACUACUACCAAAACGAGCGCGUCUUCGACCUCUGCCCGGAGAAUCAUCCGCCGCAGGGGGUGGUCUCGGCAGCCAUGUUUACCAUGGCUGCCAUGGUCUGGAUGCCGCCCCUCUUCGGAAUCUGCCUGAGCGUCGUUCUCUGCUUCUACCGGUGUAACAACCGCAAGAUGUGGCGGGCGAAUUGGCUCAACAAGGUUGCCAACUGGGCAAUGGUUCUGUAUGCUGCUGCGAAUUUCAUCUGUACGUGGGGUGCCUGGGUCAUCCUCCUUGGCUUCUUCAGCAGUGCGCCGCGGAGAGCGGAGGAGACUUGGAGUCUUGGCCAGGCCCUGGCUCUCACCCCAUGGAUACCGGUGCUGGUGGAGCUUGUGACCAUCCUAUGCUUGGGUACGGAGGCGGGCUUUGCCGGCCGCCUGCCGCUCGAGUUUCAAGUGGUGCGGCAAGAGAAGCUUCUCCACCAGCAAGAGGGUGCUGCGUUCCUCGACGAUGCUCGCGUUCGUUCGAUGGAAUGA